UUCCGCCAUCUUUAUUUCUAGAAGAGAAAUCCAGUUUGCAGUUAGAUUUUAACAGAUUUAUUAAGUUCUUGUUGCCUUUUAGUUUUAAGCACUGACUUUAUUUAACAUGGCAAUUGGUUAGCUUUUGCAUAGCAGAGUAUUUGUUUUUACCAAUGGACGAUGAUGGCAAAGAUUUAAGGCGGUGCUGGGUUUGCUUUGCAACAGAUGAAGAUGAGCCAACCAACCCAUGGGUGGUGCCCUGUCAAUGCAGAGGCACUACUAAAUGGGUACACCAAUCAUGUCUCCAACGAUGGAUUGAUGAGAAGCAAGCAGGCAACUCUGCUGCAACAGUUUCAUGUCCCCAGUGUAAUACUGAAUACAAAAUUCUGUUCCCUCCUCUGGGACCUCUGCUACAGCUUAUAGAGAAUCUAGACCGUGCUGUGAAUAAAGUAUGUCCAUUUGCUGCUGCAGGAAUUGUUGUAGGUUCUCUGUACUGGUCUGCUGUAACUUAUGGUGCAGUUACUGUUAUGCAAGUACUUGGUCAUAAAGAUGGGUUAGAGGUUAUGGAGAAAGCUGAUCCCUUGUUUUUACUAGUUGGAUUACCCACUAUACCCUUAGCUCUUAUCCUUGGUAAAAUGAUUCGUUGGGAAGACCAUGUGUUAAGGAUGUGGAGGCGGCACAUAAGUAAGAUAUCCUUGUUAAGUUUUCUUCUGCCCAAAAUGGUAAAUUCGGGAUCAUUUGAAGGGCUUCCCCAGAGAGAACCAGCUGACCCCACUCCACUUUCUGAUCCUGUGUCUGCUACCAGGGUACUGUGUGGUGGACUAAUUAUGCCAACUGUUGCAACAUUGAUUGGAAAAGUCUGCUUUGGAUUUGUGGAAUCUGGACUACAUAGAGCACUUUUAGGUGGCAUAACAUUUGUUGCUAUAAAAGGAGCAAUCAGGAUUUACUACAAACAACAGCAGUACAUUAGACAGGCUCAGAGGGUAAUCGAAGACUACAAACAAAAUUAAUUUACUAAACCAACCUCUUACUUAGGCGCUUUUAUGUGUUAUUUGGCAUUGCUGGAAAUCAGCAAAGGUAAAUUUCACAAAUGCCAAUGCAUUUUCGUUAUUGCUAUUAAACUGUUUGUUAAGGUAAUUGUACACUGUAACAUAUUCCUCYAUGUCACUGUGUUACAUACCUUUUGUUAGUUGGAUAAAAUAUUGAGAUAUAUUAUCAAGAUAGAGUGGUUUUCAUAAACCCAUGAAACAAAGUGUAAUAAUUAGAGUCUAAUAGAUUGUAAUAAUCACAGAGACAAUA